AGGGGAUAUGUUGAGGGAAGCAGGUUGGACCAGUUUUCUCUCUUUCCAUAAUGUAAACAUUGUGUUAAUUAUAAUGUUUUAUGUUUAAUUAUUAAAGUCAAUUAAUUGUGAAAAUGUUAUAAAAAUUAUCAGUGAACCAUGUUUUUCCAGCCACCAACAUUAUCCUCCAUAUCAUCUUUAUUUUCUUUGUUACCAUCUUUUGUAUCAUGCUUGCAGCUAGACCAGGUUGUACAUUUUUUUCAUCUCAUUGGUUUGUGACAGCUUUAAUUGUGAUUAUUAGUUUCUUUGCUUACAUUUCAAUCAACUAUCAUGGGGAACAAGAGUUCAUAAAUCAGAAUAAGACUGACUUGGUUGGGCUUGUGCUUUCAGCGAGAAGCAAUUUUGACAAGCGAAAUGUAUUGAGAGAAACUUGGUUCAAUGGCAAGUCAACAUAUGAUACCGGUAAUGUGAACAUCAAGCUUCACUUCAUUGUUGGUAAAAAUGAUUGUCGUAUUCCAAUCGAUUAUCGUGAAGACGAAUAUAGCUGUAUGGAAUGGGUCUACAAUGAAACGGAAGAUUGUAAAACAAACGUGCUCAGUCAUGACACUGAAUCAAUUUCUUAUGGCAAUACUUUCAGCUCUCAUAUUUUCAGAGGCUUCUCAUUCAAAGUCCACCAAGAUAUUUUAUUGAAACUGGUAGGAUGUCUUUUCCCCUGUCGCUGUGAUACUAUUAUAUUGAAAAAUGUUCUGACCCAGGAAAUAUUAUUGAACCAGAGUUUUGUUGGCGAGCAAAAACAAAAUGACUACGGAUUCAACUAUCAAGCUGUUGCCCCCAUAUUAUUCCUCCCUAAAGGAUUCACAGGAUUGUUGUUUGUGCUCAAUACAGAUAAUUUGAAUUGCCAACCUGAACGUGUUCAUAGAUGGAAUCGCUUUGCCAAACUUACUCAAAUACUCAGGGUUUAUAAAGAUUUGAAUGACUAUGAAUCGCUAGUUUUUCACGGAGAGGAAAUAAUUAUGGCAUCUUUUGUGAUUGAGUUGGCAGAUCAGUCGGCUUAUUUGAAAAUGAUUAAAGAUAAAGAGAAAAACUAUCAUGAAUUUGACAAGGAGCUGAGUGAGAUCAAGGUGAAGCUUGAAAAUGAAUUACUGGAACACGAGGAUAUCAUUUUGGUUGAUGUUAUCGAUGUUUAUCGUAAUCUACCCGAGAAAUUAGUCCAUGCUAUUGCUUGGACCAUGACUACAGAGAAUGCUGAUCUAAUAUUGAAAACAGACGAUGAUUGUUUUAUUGAUCUGGCUAAUAUAUCACAUAAAAUCAACCUACUCACUGAGCGCAAAUCAAUCUGGUGGGGAAAUUUCAGACAUAACAUGUUGGUCAAUGUCUAUGGUAAAUGGGCUGAAAAUUUUUUUCCUGGUUCAGUUUAUCCGUCCUUUGCCUGUGGUUCGGGUUACAUAAUUUCGUCUGACAUUGCCAAUUGGAUUACUAUGAAUAAAAAAUUUCUCCAUUAUUUUCAAGGUGAAGAUGUUUCAAUGGGAAUCUGGUUGUCCUCUAUUAUUCCAAUUUAUCUAAUGGACCGUGAUUGGGCAUGUGCUGAGGAUGCUCCUCGAGAUGAGCUGCUUGCUUAUUGUCAACUUAAUCCGUCACAGUUGAGACAAUUUCAUGCGAUGAAAUCCAAAAAUAUCAAGAAUAACUAAUCAAUUUAUUCACAAUCGUGCUUGAAUCUUUAUGUAUCAUAAUUUAUAAGCAUCCAAGUGAUUCCAAGUUUAAUCUUCAAAUAUCAUUUUGUUCAGCUAUCGAUUGUCUUUCAGAUUUACAGUUUUAUUUUGAGCUUGAAAUGAUUCUUCAUGAUUAAAUAACUGACUUUCAAAAGCACGAAUAUGCAAGGUGAAAUCCUAUCACAGAUCUUAAUUGUGAUUGUAUUUUCUGUAUUUUAAAUUCAGUUGUAAUUCUUAUUCAAUGAAACACGGAUAAUCAAGAAAACAAGCCUUAGUUUCACUCAAGAAAUGAUGGAAAUAUUUUACAUUCAGUGACAUUUCUAUUCAACUAUUUACUAAUGGUGAACUUUUAACUACACAAAAUUACACUAAUCAAUUCAAAUUCAUGUAAAGACUAACUUGUAAUUUAUUAUCUUCUCGCACAGUUGAUGCAUUAUCUAAAGUGUGCAAUCAAUUAUGAAAACUGAUCUUUUGUAAACUUAA